CUUCCCUCCAGGCAUCAUCAGUGAGAUCCAAAACUCGACCGUCUCGUUGAAUUUCACUAUCCAUCGUCAGAACAAGUCCUGCUUUAAACUUGACGGAACUGCUCCUUGGAAUUUUUGAGUGUAUUUUUGACGUGUGACCCAAUAAUAAUACUUAAAUAAAUGUAAAAAAAUAAAAAAUAGGACGGGUUCUUCAGCAGAGUUCGAGAGUGGUGCGUUUAUGUGAGUCACUGGCCGACGCGUGGUGAUGACGUAUUUGACGCCUACAAAUGUAAAAGUGCCAGUAGUUAGAUGUAAACGUUCAUCAAAUCAAAUUUUAAAGCGUUUAACCCAUUUCCCAAAAAUUCGGAGGAGUGGUAAUUUGAUUUGACCGUAUAAACUGAAAGCUUUACAAGCCUUUGUGUUUACUGGUCGCUAUGGAAACUAAACAGGACUGCGAACUGCAGACGAACGACGACGCGAGAUCGGAGGAUUGCCGUUUCAGCGUCAGCACUUCAGAGAUGUCAGGCCUGAAUCAAGAACAAACAGGAAACGCACAAACGGGCCUCAACCCUGGAAACCCCAUUUUUUCCUGCAACAACACUUCAUCUUUAAAGGGUGUAGCUCCAACUCCGUGGGCCAAACCUCAGAAUCCUCUUUUCAGGACCACCUCCAAUGACUACGGCUUGUACCCUCCCACUGCUGAGACUACACCAUGUAUAUUUUUCCCUAAAUCACAGAAAUUCACCAACAAACUGAUCAUGUGUGGGAUGUACCAAGACAAUUGCUUCAACACGACCCUUGACCGCAGUAGGGUGUAUGACUUUCCCAAUUUACAACACACUAUCUGAAAUUGUGGUCAUAAUGGCUAUUAAUUCUUGAUUCACUAUGAAACUUGAUUCUAUGUAAAGUUUGGAUAAAACAAUGUGGCAAAUCACUACUUUAAAUUUGUGUUAUCUGAUCAAAAUUAAAGGCAUGCAUACAUGUCUCAGAUUAUGUUCUCCUAUUUUCAUUAACUCGUUUACAGCCAUUGAUGAAAGUCUAAUCCCUUUUGAACUGGGAGGGCUGGCAACCAUCAUUGGAAAAAUAGGUCUAUACGCAUCAAUGGCAGCCAAAGAUUUAAUCACAUAAGGCUUUCACUUGGCUGCAUAUUGUGGUCUUGCUCAAGUCAUGAAAUGAAAACUGAUGAUUCCAUUAAAAGUGAGAAAUUUAAAUCUGUUAUCUGUUUCCUCCAUUUGCCCCAUAGAUGCUUGGUGCCUGUCCAAAUAAUUAGCAGGUAAUUACAUAACAGAUAUUUCACUAUUGCUCAAAUUAUAAAAUUGUUCUAUUUCU